AUGAACGGAAGGUCCAAGGAGAUUCCCGUCAAGCAUGACUUGGAAAGGAAAGUCCACGUCUAUGGAGUACGUGCUCCAUACUUUGCAUGUGUAAUGCAGACACCCAGGUCGGACGGCAGCUUAAGAAAGGGGAUGCAAGGAACGAAUAGAAACAUGUCUUGGCCCAGAGAACAAAGAGCAGUGGAUUUUGUAUUGGACUUGCAACGGAUGGUAUCGUACGUAGACGACACGAACAACUUCAAGUGGAGUCAGCAGGCAACUCGUUUUCGAACCACUCGGUUCGGGGCUGUUCUCAUGCGAAAGAUGCAGCCGCACUCCAUACUCUGUACCGAACGACGCCAAAAGACUCGCAGCCGCAAAGCCACGACCGUCUUAUCGGUGCUGUUUGAACAGGGGCUUGUUUCCGUAAGGUACCUACCUUAUGUAUCCGUCCCCCCUCUGAGCUCUCAGACAUCCGCACCAUGCUUUACGGAUAACGAUACGGAUGCUUGCUCUUUGGUUAUUCGAGAAUCAAGACCAACCAGUCCAGUCAGACUUCCUCCAACCCUCCGACGUCAAGAUCAUCCAAAGUCUAAAGUCCCCGAAUCCCAGCCGUUAUCUCGUCCCGACAUCCAGGCACGGACUUCUGUAGCCGGUAAUAUGCGACUGGCGGUCAAGCGUCCGCUCAGACGCCGCCGUCCCGGCUUUGUGAGCCUCCAGCUCGGAAUGGAUCCAUCACGUAUUCGACCUGGAGACAAGACUACUUUGAACCUCACUCGACCCCGCCUAUCGCCGAGGGCUGACAAGGUCUUCCUAGUCAAGACCGCCAUACUGAGUUCGACUGAUUCAGCACAAGAAAACCGACGACUCAGCCAAAGUGCAAAGCCUCCUUUGCUGGACCUACCUAGCACCUUUCAAUCACGAAGUAUCUGGCCGACGGCUUGGGCCGGGGCCAACGUUCAAAAGACAGUUUAAACAAGAUAGGCUCGGACCAGCUAGACAUUCACUCAUUACUGGUCAUAGCAGCAGCUUUCCGAGCGGCGUGCCCACUAUGCACACCCAAGCAGACGGUUCACGGCUCUUAGAACUACGCAAUUCUCUUGGCCGCCAAACUGCUCGCCCGAGUGAGUCCCGACCAUCCACUUAUUCGCGGGGCAGAUCUCGACGCCCAUCUCCACGUCGCCUUUGCGCCCGCUCGGUUCUUUCAUCGAGCGAUGGGGUGAUGGCUUCAUGACAUGGCCGAUGCUCUUGGGGAGAUUCUCGUCAUUUCGAGGCCAUCCCGCCGGGGACGCCAACGGCACGGGGUUUGCGCCUCCAGAGGUCGUCCCCUUCUCGGACCAUCAAGACCAAGCCAGUUCCAGAGAGCUUCGACCUAGAGCCCGAGAUACGUCGGUGCCUUCUGGA